GAGCAAACCCAAAAGAUGAAUAAUACGCCAACAAUGCGGGAACAAAGGAUAUCAAGGGCGUCUACAAAGAAAGGUGAAAUCACAGUGGACGCCAAUUUGAAGAGGUAUCAAAUGAUGAUUCUGAGGAAACUAGCUGGUAGGACUCUGUUUAUUACUGGUGCCAGUAGGGGUAUUGGUAAGGCCAUCGCAUUGAAGGCAGCUAAAGAUGGUGCCAACAUCGUUAUAGCUGCCAAGACGGCCCAGGCGCAUCCUAAAUUACCUGGGACCAUUUACACAGCAGCAGAAGAAAGUGAGUGAAUUUUAGAUAAAACAGUGCCAACUUUGCUCAUCUCUAAAUCUCGAUCCAUCUUCUGCAAAGCUGUCGAAGAGACCGUAAAAACAUUUGGUGGAAUUGAUAUUGUAGUUAACAAUGCAAGCGCCAUUAGUCUCACCGGCACGCAGGAAACAUCGAUGAAAAAAUAUGAUCUAAUGCACCAUGUUAAUACAAGAGGAACAUAUCUCACCUCAAAGCUUUGCCUCCCUUACCUGAAAAACAGCAAGAAUGCACACAUCUUAAACAUUAGCCCACCUUUGAACAUGCAUAAAAAGUGGUUCAAGAACCAUGUUGCAUACACAAUGGCAAAAUAUGGAAUGUCAAUGUGUGUACUAGGAAUGGCAGAUGAGUUGCAAGAUGACAAUAUUGCUGUGAAUGCUCUGUGGCCCAGAACAGCAAUAUGGACAGCUGCAAUGGACAUGCUUGGAGGUGGGACAGGAGAGACCCGGAAACAGUGCCGGAAAGUGGACAUCAUGGCAGACGCGGCAUAUGUGAUCCUGACUAAGGAUAGCAAGUCUUACACUGGCAACUUUGCUAUCGAUGAUGAGGUCCUGAGAUCGGUAGGAGAAACAGACAUUGAUAAAUAUGCAUGUGAACCAGGCCACACUUUGCUUCCUGACUUCUUCCUUGAAGAGGCUGGAUCACCAGAGGAUAUGAAGGAGCAGCUUGAGAAGCAUGGCUCACAGCCUGUCUUUGGUUCAGGGCCAGCAGCCAACCCUUCUGAAGCCGAGGCUAUACAGAUACUUGAUUCAUUAAAAGGGAUGAUGUCUGAGGAACAUGUGAAGAAGAUGGGGGCUUCAAUCCAGUUUGAAUUGAAAGAUGUAGAUCAAAGUAUGUGGUUCUUAGAUAUGCGUACCGGUUCCGGUGCUGUUGGUAAGGGCGAGGUGGAAGGCGGUGCAGAUGUGAAGAUGACGAUGAAGGCGGAUGAUUUUGUCAAGAUGUUCAAAGGUUCUUUGAAACCCACAACCGCUUUCAUGAUGGGCAAGUUAAAGAUCAAAGGGGACAUGGGCAAGGCUAUGAAACUGGAAAAACUGAUGGGACAAUUGCAAUCGAAAUUAUAGGGGCCAACAGUCAACAUUUCUUUUGGUGUACUGUAAAAGCAUAGAAACAUAAGAUACAGUGUGCCUCUGUUAAAUUUAUCUCAGAAUCGUAAGCAAACAUUCAGUAUUCCGGGAAGUAGGAUCAAGGCUUGCUUCAAUCCUUUUCUGCAAUCCUAUAAAACUGAUUUGAGUUUAGUGUCAAGGUUAUUUUAUGAAACUAAAAUGAACUAUCUGAUCAUUCAAUCAAAUUGGUCUAAAUAAAUUCAUAGAGUGCUUUAGAAUAGCAUUUAAUGCAAUUAUUCACAGUCAGUUAUUUAUGUGUUCUAAAAUUAUUUGUACAGAGGUUUGAGAAUGAGAUCAAAAAUAAACUUAUGUUUUGAAAAGAGA